AGUUAUAUUAACUGAGAAGGUGGAGUUAUAUUGACUGAAAAGGCGGAGUUUUGUUGAUGGCAUUGAGGAAAGUAGAACUCCAUGUAUAUGACAAGCUGGCAUUAGUAUACUGUAUCAAGAAAGAGACUACAGCAUAGGGACAAGAUGGACAGUGUCAUAGUGCUGUUAGCAACUGUGGCAUUUGCAGUAUGUUAUGUUCAAGAUGAAGUGAUCUUAGAACCAGAGAAGUCUGUUGAAAAGAGAGAGCAUGGCAAGUGGAAUUACUGCAAAUAUGGAAACGAUUGGACAGAAAAUCCACGCUACCUUGAUGGCAAAAAAGUGAGAUGGAAGGUCUGGAGAUGUCGCUAUAGUGAAGAUAAAAGAACAUGUGACAGAUUCAGAUGCAAACACAAUGUAUUGAGACAGUGGCAACACAAUGAGUACAAUGCAUUGGGUCAAUUUCUUCACACAAAACGUUACUUCAAAUACACAAAUGAUUGCAUAAAAUAUAAUAAUGUUCCAUUUUGGUGCGGUGUAUCAGAUAAAUGGGUCUCAGAAGGCUAAAAUAACUGGAUCAGCUUACAUAUUAUUAAACAGUUAGAUGCAGUUUACUGUAUACA